UGACGCAUUGGGAAACAACGUUCAACGGAAGGAAGUCACAGAAGACUGCGCACAGUUGAGGAUGUAGGCUAGCAAUCGCUUGUACAGCACUACAACAAAAUCAUUUAGUAUUUUCAAAAGUUGGUACUCAAAUUGUAUCUACACUGAGAGUCCAACCUAGAAGGACAGUAAAGUAACGUGUACCGUUCCAGGAAGAAAACCACUAAAGAGAUUGAGUGCAAUCUUGUGCCGAAAUCGGAACAUUAUGGGAGCUGUUUUGGGGGCCUUUUCUGUCGCAAGCUGGGUGCCGUGUCUAUGUAGCAGUGCGACAUGCUUGCUGUGCAGAUGCUGUCCCCAGAGCAAGAACUCCACGGUGACGCGAGUCAUCUACGCCUUCAUCCUGUUGCUAGGGACCAUUAUAGCCUGCAUCAUGCUGUUACCGGGAGUGGACGAGCAGCUAAAAAAGAUUCCUGGGUUCUGUGAAGACGGAGCAGGCUCUUCUAUCCCAGGAAUCCAUCCCAACAUGAACUGUGAGAUGUUUGUGGGCUAUAAAGCCGUGUACCGGGUGUGCUUCGGGAUGAGCAUGUGUUUCCUGGUGUUCGCUCUGAUUAUGAUCAACGUGAAGAACAGCCGAGACCCGCGCUCUGCCAUCCACAACGGGUUUUGGUUCUUUAAGAUUGCCACCAUGGUUGCAGUGACAGUCGGUGCCUUUUAUAUCCCUGAGGGGCCUUUCACUCACCUGUGGUUCGUGGUGGGUAUCUGUGGGGCGUUCUUCUUCAUCCUGAUCCAGUUGGUUCUGCUGGUGGAUUUUGCCCGCUCCUGGAAUGAGUCCUGGGUGGAUAACAUGGAGAGCGGGAACUCCAGGGGCUGGUAUGCAGCCUUGCUCGCUGUAACUGGACUCAACUACAUCAUGUCCUUUAUCGCCGUUGUCCUGAUGUACCUGCUCUACACUCAGUCGACGGGCUGUCUGCUCAACAAGUUCUUCAUCAGCUUCAACAUGAUUCUCUGUGCUGUAGCUUCUGUCGUGUCCAUACUGCCCAGAGUACAGGAAUUCCAGCCCCGAUCCGGUCUACUUCAGUCCUCCUUCAUGACUAUGUACACCAUGUAUCUGACCUGGUCGGCCAUGACCAACGAGCCUGACCGUACAUGCAACCCCAGCCUGCUGAGCAUCUUCCAGCAGACACUGGUGCCCACGCUGGCCCCACUGGAGAUUGAGAACCAGACGACUGUGGUGAUCAUCGGCACCAAAGAGCCCAUCCUCUCCUCCCCCUAUCUGCAGUGGUGGGACGCCCAGAGCAUUGUGGGAUUGGCCAUCUUCAUCCUCUGCAUCCUCUACUCCAGCAUCCGCUCGUCCAACACCAGCCAGGUGAACAAGUUAACCAUGGCCUCUAACGACACAGUGAUCCUAGAGGAGAGUAAAGCAGACACCCCGGACGAGGAGGGAGGGACGGGGCGCAAGGGUCCCAGGCGUGUGGAGGACAAUGAGAGGGACACGGUCCAGUACAGCUAUUUCUUCUUCCACUUCAUGCUCUUCCUGGCUUCGCUCUACAUCAUGAUGACUCUCACCAACUGGUACAGUCCUGAUGCAGACUACAAUACCAUGACCAGCAAGUGGCCGGCGGUUUGGGUGAAGAUCUCCUCCAGUUGGGUGUGCCUUACCCUCUAUACCUGGACCCUGGUCGCCCCAAUGAUCCUCACCAACCGGGACUUUAGCUGAAAACGGUUCCACCAACGCAGUAUUUUCUUUUCACUUUCCUUAUUGUCAUUCCUGACUUAGUAAAAAAAAAGAGUGUGCGUUUUACAUAGACAUUGACCACAUUGCCUACAUUUCAAAUGAUUUCCUGUCAAAAUGAACUGUUUUGUUUUGUGUAUUAGAUGUUGAUGGUUUCUCAUAAAAACUCUACAAGGUGUCGAAAGCGUUGUGUUGUGACAAGGUAGGGGUGGUAUACAGAAGAUAGCCAUAUUUGGUAAAAGACCAAGUCUAUAUUUUGGCAAGAACAACUGAAAUGAGCAAAGAGAAAUGACAGUCCAUCAUUACUUUAAGACAUAAAGGUCAGUCAAUCCAAAAAUGUCAAGAACUUUGCAGUCGCAAAAACUAUCAAGCGCUAUGAUGACACUGGCUCUUAUGGGGACUGCCACAGGAAGGAAGACCCAGAGUUACCUCUGCUGCAGAGGAUAAGAUCAUUAGAGUUACCAGCCUCAGAAAUUGGCAAUUAACUGCACUUCAGAUUGCAGCCCAAAUAAAUGCUUCACAGAGUUCAAGUAACAGACACAAAUCAACAUCAAGUGUUCAGAGGAGACUGCGUGAAUCAGGCCUUUGUGGUCGAAUUGCUGCAAAGAAACCACUACUAAAGGACACCAAUAAUAAGAAGAGACUUGCUUGGGCCAAGAAACAUGAGCAAUCGACAUUUGACGGGUGGAAAUCUGUCCUUUGGUCUGAUGAGUCCAAAUUUGAGAUUUUUGGUUCCAACCGACUGGUAGUGUAUAUUUAUCACUUAUAAUUACAUAUAUAUCGACUACGUCAGAUUAAUUGCUUCAUAUGAGUUGAAUUAUUUGUUUCAAAGCAUUGAUUCUGUCAUGACUGUCCACAAGAAUCCAAAUAGGUCAGAUCAGGUUUGCAAUGAAUAACUUAAAUCAGACCCCCUCUCACCUGCUGUGAGUGGGAAGGAAAGAACUAGGGGGGGGUUAACAACUCAUGACCUGUUGUUAAUCAAGGAGAGAAGAUUCAGGUCCCUCUCCAAAUUCACCAAAGGAAUGUGCCUUUUUUUUCCCCAAGAGACUUUUCCAGACGAAACUAACACGUUCAAAAAUGAAAUACUGGAACAAUAUUUCUAACAUGUAACUUGGGGAAUGUUCACUUUGUUAUUUUGUGAUGUCAUUAAAAUUGUUAUAAAGGAAAUACUGUAACUUGGAAAGUAUACCCACUGCAUAUAUGACGUGUCCAUCCUAUGCGUUGUGCAUGUAAUAUGAAAAAUUAUGAAAGUAUUUUUGUUAAGAGAGGGAUUUGAUUUUUAGGAGCCAUUCGAGAUCAUUGUUUUACAUCAACUUUGCACAGUGAUAAGUCAUGCAUUCAUAAGUAAGGCUUAGGUUUUGCAGACUAGGCGGUUACGACUGUUCAGAAUGAUAUGAUACACGGUUAUGAUUAAUAAGUUGACUGUUUAUAGAUGUGAUAGGUAAAGACCUUUUAGAGUUUAAUUCAGGAGAUGGUAACUCUAAAGAACUGCUCUCAUGGUGCCCCAGAUCCUAAUGAGUUAAUUAUUAUUUUAAAAUCAGGUAACAAUUAAACAUAGUUAGAUAAAUAAGUCUUCUGAUUAAUGUUAGUCAAGUCACGACAAUUCCCUUUACUGUUAUAUUUAAGUCGCUUAGUAUGAGAUUAGGUAACAUGAUGUUCAGCAAUUGUUUUGCUUCCACUUAUAUCCUCAGUUCCGUAUUACAGACGCUUAUUUAGUUAUAGCCAACGCUGUUCAGCAGUAAUUGAGUUUGCAUAGGUUUAUCCUAACAUGAUUUAAGUGUAGUAAGCUGCCAUCCCCCUUCCAAUGCCUUACGUACUGCAUCUGUAAAUUGUGUAUUAUGAAUCUUUGAAUUGAGAGCAACAUGAAAGUGCAGCUAUCAGUGUUUGUGGAUUGCUUUCCAAAAACAUCUAUUUCAACAAUCUACUUCAAGUGUUUAUGCUUCUGCCAAGUAUUUGUGUAAUCUUUGUAAUGUUUGUUUAGUGUCUUGGAAAUUGAUGAAUGACAAUCAAAAGGCUGAAGGCAUGCUUUCUGAAGCAUAUUUUGCAUGUUGCUAUCGUGAGUGAAAAUAAUGGUAUCUACAACCAAAACCCCAACAUAAAAUGUAGGCCUUUUAUACUGUAAGCCCAUCUACUUAUGUUCAUUAAAUGUAUGGUUUGCAUUUAGGCCUAUGGUUCAGUUCCAAAUAGAUUUUGUGUUGUAUGCACACACCACAAAUUGUUACCCAAUAUUUGGUGAAUAUGACAUAAUUAUGACCAUAAAUACGAAAUAUGUUGAUGCAACUGAUUGGAACAUGAUUGUUUAUAGGUUAACAUUGCCAUUGUGAUAUUCAUGUAACUUUUUUAAAAAUUUGUUUUCCGUUCAAACUGUAGUUGUGAUGAGGGUUUGCUUGUGGAACAUGCUUCAGUUCCCAUUUGAACUGUGACUCUUUAAAAAUUAUUGUAUGAUAUGUAGGAUAAAUAAAGAGAAUGUUUUGUUACAAAA